AUGUGUAAGACACCUUUAAGCCGGGCUGAGACAAGGGAAAAGAAGAUUAUUGGUGCUGAUCUGGUGGAUGAUGCUACAGAAAAGAUCAGGUUGAUUCGAGAUACAUUGAGGGUAGUGCAGGACAGACAGAAGAAAUACUAUGAUGCCAAGCACCGACCAGUUGAGUUUGAUGUUGGAGAGUUUGUAUUCCUCAAAGUCAGUCCAAUAAAAGCAGUGAAGAGAUUUGGCAAGGUGGGAAAGCUGAGUCCAAGAUUUGUAGGACCAUUUGAGAUUUCAAAAAGGAUUGGGAAGAGGAUUAGUACUGAAGUGGUAGAUAUUCAAUCGGAUUUGACUUUUGUGAAUGAACCAGAGAAAAUUCUUGAUUAUGAUGUUAAGCAGUUGAGGAGCAGAAUGAUUCCUUAUGUUAAGGUGCUUUGGAAGCACAGGUCAGAGAAGGAUGCCACCUAG